AUGAGUCAGUUCAAAAGACAACUGAAUGCACUGAGCUCGGAGGAGAUCGCAAAAGAAGAACAGAAGUCAGAAGGAUUUGGAUGGUGUGAAUGGCUGCUCAUCAUCUGCUCAAUAAUCCUCAUUCUUGCAACCUUCCCCCUCUCAGUGUGGCUCUGCAUUAAGACUGUUCAGGAAUAUGAAAGAGCCGUGGUGUUUCGGCUUGGCCGUAUUCUUCGUGGCGGAGCGAAAGGUCCAGGUAUUUUCUGGUUUCUACCCUGCACUGAUACCUUUCACCUUGUCGAUUUGAGGACCGUGUCAUUCUCGGUUCCUCCUCAGGAGGUCUUGUCGAAAGACUCUGUGGCAGUUAUGGUGGAUGCUAUUGUCUACUACCGCAUCUUCGAUCCAGUGAGGUCAGUCGUCAGAGUGAAUAAUGUGGCCAAUGUUACUCACCUGCUAGCUCAGACAACACUGCGCAACAUACUGGGCACCAAGAACCUGUCGGACAUCGUAUCUGAACGGGAGCACAUGGCGCAGCAGAUGGAGGACCUCCUGUUCGAAGCAUCGAAGGAAUGGGGCAUCAAGGUCGAGCGUGUGGAAUUCAAGGAUGUGAAGCUGCCGGUGGGACUGCAGAGGAUGAUGGCUGCCGAAGCGGAGGCUGUGAGAGAUGCCAAUGCCAAGGUGAUUGCAGCAGAAGGUGAGAUGAGGGCCUCCCAUGCCCUCAGAGAUGCAGCCACCGUGAUGGCGAGGAACCCUGUCGCCUUGCAGCUCCGCUACCUACAGACACUGACCGAGGUCGCGUCAGAGCACAACUCCACUAUCUUCUACCCAAUGCCCAUCAACCUCAUGACUGGCUUCCUGGAGAAAUGAGUAGGGUUGCGCAGAGCAGAGGGGUGGCCGCAGACGUGAGGCGAAGAUGUGCAGACUUGUCUGCAGUGUUGAAUCCUGUGUUUGCAGACUUUGUGUUGGGAAAAUGUGAGACAUUUGGUUUGAAGAUUCUAACCCCCCCCCCCCCCCCCUUAGCAAAAGCUGGAUAAGGCAUUCCGCCCACUUGCAUCCAUUCACUGUCCCAGAAAAUGUUCCGUUUAUUCGUUGCCCUCUGCUGCCUAUCCUGGGCAUCUGUUGCAGUCACGUUCCCUCUUGUGUUCACACUGUACGCAUUGCCAUUUUCAGACCUUUCUCAUCAUACCUUUCAGUUCUGUUUCCCGUCUUUGGGGCACAAGUUUCGACCUCAUAUAUAUAAAUGAUCUUCUUCCCAAAUGCAUUGCAAGUGGGUUAUAGUGCACAUAAAACUGGAGUAAAAACAGACACCACUGGAAGUACUCAGCAGGUCAGGCAGUGGCUGGGGAGAGAAAAACAGUUAACGCCUCAGGUCCAUGAUCUGCUGAGAAUUUCCAGCAUACACAGUUUGCUUUGCUUUUCGAUCAAUGUAACAAGUUGACUUGUAAUCAAUGCCUUCUGCUCAGUGGAGUCUCCAAACCAUCUGUACCCUAAGAUGGUGGGAUGGUGGUCAUUUAAUAUGGGCAUACCUUCACUUUGCCCAGAAAGGUCAGGCCUUUAUGAUCUAUUUCCUCUUAUACAACACACUCGAGGAAUACUUUCUCUUCUCUCUCUCUCUCUCCUUUUUCUCCUCUCUUCCUCCUCUCUAUCUCCCCUUCUCUCUCUCACUCCCCCUUCUUUCUCUCCAACUCUCUCUCGUUCCCCCUUCUCUCUCUCUCCUCUCUCUCUCUCUCUCUCUCCCUCUCUCUCUCUCUCUCUCUCUCUCUCUCUCUCUCUCUCUCUCUCACUCACCUGUGCUAUCUUUCUGCGGCUCCCUCUCUAUCAGCUAUAGCUCUCUGUUCUUGGACAGCUUGGGCCUUGAGUGUUUAUUCAGCUGGGAACCCAAGUGAUUCUCUCGGCUUGAAUUUUUCUGGGAGUGCCCAGUUUACCCUAUGGUUAGUGAGGGGUGUGUAUUGAGUGGAGCUCCAGCGUCCUGGAGACUUAUUCCUCUCUUCACCUGGCCUCUACUUCCCAACCACAGUGGGGUGGACCAUUCUCCUCCAUACAGUGACUGUGGUUUGCACUGAUCCUGCAUUAGGACUGUCAACCAGCAGCAUUAGGUGGAAGUAGAGGGUAGCAGAAUACUCCAGCCCCUCCCACACCACCAUAGGUUAUACUCCUCCUGGACCACCAUUCCAUCCAAAGUGGAAUUGGCAGCUAUCCAUGGAGGAUUGACAUUACAGCAGUUGUUAAGGAGGAAGAUACAGAUGGUUGGUGAAACCGUUCUCAGCUUUUGCCAAGUGUCUCUGUAACUACCACUUCCCCUCUUUGAGCCCCGACCCAGCAAUCCACAAUCAGUUUUGAGAAAUUACUGUUUAGAGUCAUAACUUGCGCUGUGUUCUCAAAUGUUAAACUUUCAGCUUUCUUCAAAGGUUGUUUAUUACUGUUUUUUUUAACAUUGGCAAUUAAAAAGU